AUGUCGGAUUACUCGGACAUCCGUGUUGUGGUCGGCUUAGAUUUUGGAACUACUUACUCAGGAUUUACUUAUUGUCACGUAUCUGAUGAUGAUAAUCUUGUUACUAAUGAUCAAUGGCCCGGCGAGAUAGGUCAAUUAAAAACAAAUACGGUACUUCAAUAUGACGAUUAUAUGAAUGUUGAAUCAUGGGGAUAUUCAGCAUUAUCGAAACGCCCAAAUAAAAAAAAGAAAACUAAAGACGGGCGUAAACCUGUAGAGUUAUUUAAAUUACAUCUGGGAAACUUGGUAGACAAUCUCAAGCCGAAACUGGCAGUAGAUUAUAAGAAAGCUAUUACUGAUUAUCUUCGAGAAAUUGGGAAACUGAUUAAAGAAAUGGUUAUUACCCAUUGGUCCGGAAUUGAUUUCUUAGAAAAUGUACUUAUAGUUAUAACCGUACCUGCGGAAUAUUCAGAAAAAGAUAAAGCAAUUAUGAGAGAAUGCGCAUAUAAUGCUGGACUAAUUAAUGAAAAGUUUUCGAAAAAAUUACAAUUUACUACAGAACCUGAAGCUGCUGCGAUUUAUUGUAUGGAAAAUAGUUUAAAAGUUAACGAUCUUAACACUCCCGGAACUACUUUCAUGAUAGUCGAUUGUGGCGGUGGUACAGUAGAUUUGACAACACGAAAAUUAUUAGAUGACAAACAACUGGGUGAAGUUACUGAACGAGCUGGAGACUUUUGUGGAAGUACAUUUAUUGAUAGGGAGUUUCUCAAUACUUUACGCAAAAUUCUUGGAGACCGUGCAAUUGAUUUAUUAAGAGAUAAGCAUUAUGGACAAAUGCAAUAUAUGAUCCAGGAAUUCUGUCGCCAUGUUAAAUUACCAUUUACUGGAGAUAAGUCUGAAUUUACUACAUAUGAAAUGGAUCUUGAAGAUAUAGUUCCAGUUGUAAUGGAAUACGUAACUGAAGAAACACGUGAUAAGAUGGAAGAAACUGAUUGGUUGAUAGUAUUUGAAUACAAUGAUAUCAAAUCAAUGUUUGAUCCUAUUGUCGAAAGAAUUAUACAAAUGAUAGAAGUGCAACUUGAUAAUACUCGAGAAACUUGCUCUGCAAUGUUUUUAGUAGGAGGAUUUAGUCAAUCAAAAUAUUUACAAAAAAGAAUUAAGCAAAAAUUUCAACCUCGAGUGAAUAAGAUUUCAGUUCCCACAUAUCCCAUUGCGGUGAUAUCACGCGGUGCAGCUUUAUAUGGAUUAAGUAUGAAAAAUUCAGCAUAUAGUUUAGAAAAGAUGGAUUCCCUUAAAUUUGUGAUAAAUGAACGUAUAUUAAAAUAUACUUAUGGAAUUAAAGUAAGUCCUGAAUGGGAAAAUGGAGAUCCAAUCGAAAGAAGAGAUUCUGAUGGAACUAUUGAUAAAUUUCACUUGCUGGCACGAAGAGGAGCUGUUGUAAGAGUUAAUCAAGAAUUUACUUCAGUGCAAUUGCCAGUAUUCCCAACUCAAAAUGCUAUCAAUUUUCAUAUUUACUAUACGACUGAAUAUAACGCAACAUAUUGCGAUGAAAAUGGAAUGGAGAAACUUGGAAACCUUUUUAUCUCUCUUCCUGAUAUUUAUCUUGGAAAAAAUAGACCUGUGUUGUUUGGAUUAACAUUUGGACGAAUGGAAAUAACUGCUACAGCCAAGAAUCAACUUAAUGGACAGAAUUAUCAAACUACUUUAAAAUUAGAUAUAUAA